UGAAACGUAAUAUUUCAGGAAGCGAUCUUGACAAGUCUUAGAGCUACCAGCACAGGCAAAAAAGACAACAGAUCAAUAUAACAGGGCAAGUUGGGGGUAGCUCGCUAGAUAUCCUGGUCUAACUUGUUAUUUACAGGACUUCAAAUAAAACAAUUUGAAAGUAACCAUGGCUGAUGAUGGCACACAGUUCUGUGCAAACUGCAAGCAUGACAUUCCUGGGGCAAAUUUCACAACCCACGAAAUCCACUGUCGCCGAAACAUUGCCCUGUGUGAAGUUUGCCAAGAGCCGGUUCCACGUUCUGAUCUGAAACAGCAUAAAGAACAGGAACACGUCAAGAUGAAAUGCAAAUGUGGCUUGAAUAUUGAGAAGAGUCAAAUGGAUGUCCACCAGAGCUCAGAGUGCGGUCAGAGGAUGGUCCCUUGCCAGUACUGUGACCUGGAGGUCGUGUUCAGCCAGUCUAAACAGCACGAGGACUAUUGCGGGACACGCACUGAAUCAUGUCCCCUCUGCAAGUCCAACGUGAUGCUGAGGGAGCAGGCCGUCCACUCGGCCCUGUGUGGUAGUCUUACUCCCCCCCAGGAAAGGAACAACAGCCGGGCAGGUCACAGCUCGGCAGAGCCCCAGACCCCUGGAGCCUGGUUCGAAGCCCACUCCAUCCGGAACCUGCUGAAGGCCCAAGAGGGAGGCCCUAAGAAUAACAACAUGAUUGCGGGGGAGCGCAGUCUUCCACCACGCUCCCUAGAGGCCAGAGUCCACAACAGCACUCUGACCUCCACCGACCCUGGUGAGAGAAGUAACAUUGGGCCCAGGAACACAGCAUUCAACCACUUUUACCCCCAUGUGGUGGGAAACAAUAACAGUGUUGGCUGGCCGGCCGGCCAGCCUCCAGGAGAUGCCACCCUCAGCCUGGACUACAUGCUGGCCCUCAGCCUGCAGAGCGACGGGGAUGCAGGGGGGGAGGGAGCCCUGUGGACCGACGUCUGGGACCACCAGUUCGGAAGGUCUUCCAAAGCGUUCCCUUCGUCUUCACACGCUUCCCCCAACAACAACUUCCAUCACAUCACCACCGGCACUAGCAUGACCCCAGACGACGACCAGACAGACACCAUGUUGCCCUGUGAGUUCUGUGAGGAGCUGUUUCCAGAAGAGGACCUCAUUCUGCACCAGACGGGCUGCUCUCCGGCCUCUGCCUUCGCCUCCUUCAGUAAGCGCCCCCCGUCUCCGCCCUGCGAGGACUGGCUCCCCAGGGGGGCAGGGGGGCUCAGGCACGCCCCGCCCUCUGGCACCCCCUCUCCCAGCCUCACUGCCUUCCCACGCCCCGCCUCCCCGCUCUUGGACAGCCCCCCUUCCAGUCCACGAGUGGGAGACGUGCUCAUCCCCUGUGAGUUCUGUGGCGUGGCUCUAGAAGAGGCUGUAGUCUUCCACCACCAGGACAAGUGUAGGCCGCGCACAGCACAGCCAGUGGAUAAAGAGACCAAAUCAUCCUUCCAGAAGCCUCUUCCUCACAGAGAGAGUCCAGGUGCCAGCUCUCCAGAGGUGCAGAGGAGACUGAUGCACCAGGGUGACCCCUUGGAUGAUGUCUUUACGGUGAACAGGGAGAGGCCUUUGAUGCGAAACGCCCGAGACUGCAGCGGCCUCAGCGGGCCAGUCCCCCAGGGAAAGCUCUCUAACUGGGACUCCCAGAUGAAGAACAGACCCCAGAACGGCCGAGGGGCAGAAGGAGCUCUCUCUUCCUUUAGCAACAGCUGCAUGUCUCCCCUCAGCGACAGCAACAACUCACCUUUUGGGGAUAGCCACAAUGUGUACUCCCCAACUGCUGUGGGACCACCUCACCGGGAAAAUAUCGACGGGCGAAGAAAAACGAAGAAUGUGGGGCCGUCGAACUUGCCGAAGAAGCAAAAUGAAUAACAAGAGGAGUGAGAAAUGUGCUGUUGGGAAGAAGUACAGUAGGCAAUCAUCACCAAAUACUAACUGUUGUAUGUGCUGUGGUCAUUUAAUGUGGUCUCUCUUGCUAAAUGUCCACGUAUGUCUAAUGCCUGUUUGAAGCAGUUGUUUAGUUGGACACAGGUAGUUUACCAGAAAACUCUUUUUUUUAAAUUGUCUUCUUAUUUUAGAUUUCUUUAUGUAAAACUUCAAUGUGUGUAUUUAUAUUAAGGUUCAUGAAAACAUGCCUUAAAAUCAUUUUAUGUAAAACAUGUAAAUGCAAAAUACUUUGCUGCUCCACAAUAUAAUUGUGAUUGUUUGCGUUGAUUGAGAGUCAAGUAUCAGAAGAAGAAAUAUCAAAGCAUUAUUUGUAUGCAGAGCUGCACCUGCCAAACAUAAUGGUUUUUAAUUCCUUGUAAUAUCAUCUUCACACUUUUAAUAAACACUUCUAUAGACCCA